UGGUUAAACUGUUGGAUUAAUAUGGCCGCCAUUGUUGUAUCCACUCCAACCUGAAAACAGAUUUAACUGUAGUCGAACAUCCAGAAGAUCUUGAGCAGCAGCUAUGUCCAGAUUUCCAGUGAGAGCUUAAAGAAAACCCUGAGUGACGUCGGGAUAUGCUCUCCACGCAUCGUAUGCAGUCUUUUCACCUCUGCCAGCAAAAGAAGACAACGGAUCGCACCCAGCUGUGACUUUCAACAUCAAAGCCCCUCGUGCACUGCAACCGAAUCGCAGAAUCUACAUCUUCGCGGAAAGCUAUGAUGGUUUCAACGCCGUGCUUUAUGAUUGCGUACAGAAACGGACAUUCCUCUAGCAAUUUGUCUUUCAACCUGGUUGAAUCCGAAUUGCCACCUAUUCCAAGUUCAUGAAGCUCAUCGACAAAACUUUUGAUAUGUCGGAAGAAAGUGCAACAAAUAGUUGUAAUCACAACACUUUGCCCAAAACAAGGAACUCACCAAGUGUCCAGGAAGAGCCUGAACCACCUGGACGUGUCGUUACAGAUGCAGUACAUGAGCGCUUCAGACAAAAGUAUGUUUUCUGUGAUGUAUGUAGAACCAAGAUUAUAGGUAAUGAACUGUCAAUUCAUAAUCACUUCAACGCUUUGCAUCCAUCGGAUGAACACUGCGUAUACUGCAAAGGAAAAGUUCACCGAUACUAUGACAUUUGUAAGGACAACGAAAAACCUAAGGAAUUUAUUUUUCAUAAAUGUUCUAAAUAUUCCGGCUGCGUGCCUGACUGGGGGCGUUGCACCUCUUUGGUUUUCACAGGAGCGGACGAGCAGCGGAAGCACCUGUCUUCCAGAGGCGUUGAGAUAUUUUCGGAGAAUGGGAACAGCAAUAUCCAACACCGCUGCCACCAAAAUUUGUGACGUCCACCUCGGAUGUCGACAAUUUAUAUCUUAAUUUUGAUGGUCGAAAAGGAAGAAUUUUAUGAUAUCUAUGUCGCAGUAUAUUAAAAAUGUUGUUAAUUCCCUUUCGAUAUUGUUCACACUUCAGUACGUUGCUGUCGUAGAACAUUAGUUGUUCCCCUGGAAAUAAAUACAGAAAAAAAAUGGUUCACAUAAA